GUCUUUUUCUUUCUGUGAUAUCUGUUAUCUGAUGUCUAACUUAGGAUAAAGACUACUACUUAUAAACUCUUUCAGGCACCACAAAUGAUUUUUUCUUUCGAUGCAGUACAGCUGCUUCUACCCUGUCUACCGACAGAGAUCUUUGUUAUGACUUUCAGCCCUUAACAUGUUUGGAAAUGAGAACAAAUGGCACAAAGCUUACGAUUGCACUUUGCAGCCAGAAGAAGUAAUACUUAUCCUUUGUCAGAAAACUCCGGAGGUGAUUUGGAUAGCAGUGCUCACAUGUGUUUCAAAAGACCAACACGGAUUUCAGCGUCUAAUGUUGUUCAAAUGAAGCUGACGCCCAGACAGACUGCACUAACUCCGUUAAUAAAAGAAAACGUUAAAUCUCAGGAAAGAGCAUCUGUUCCUUCACCUGAAAAUGUUAAUAAAAAGAGCAGCUGUCUCCAGAUUUCACUACAACCGACAAGGUACAGUGGAUGUCUUCAGUCUAGCAAUGUCUUAGCUGAUGGUGAUGAUGCUUCAUUUACUUCUGCCUUGAAGGAUGGCAUUUACAGUAGUGCUGUGGUUGAGGAUGAACUGAAUGCUGUGACUGAUGGUAACCUUUUAAGCAGUUCUGCCAUUUGCAAUGAUAGCCUUAGUAACUUUUUGACCAGUGAGAAUGGGUCUUACAGUAGCAAUGGUAGUGAUUAUGGGUCAUGCACAAGUAUCACAAGUGGAGGUUCAUACACCAACAGUAUCAUUAGUGACAGUAGUGGUUAUACUUUCCCACCAUCUGAUGAUACUUUUUUUGGUGGAAAUUUGUUCUCUGACAAUGCUUCCACUGGAAGUGUGCCAAACAGGAAUACUACCCCAUGUGAAUUUUUUUCAAGAAGUACAAGUGCAGUUCCAUUUGCCCAGGAUGACUUGGAGCAUGGACUAGAGAUUAUAAAAUUGCCAGUGAGCAGGAACUCGAAAAUUCCACUAAAACGUUGUUCAUCCUUAGUCAUUUUUCCUAGGAGUCCUUCAAACACCCCACCAACUUCUCCAACAAGUACAGAUACUCUUCCAAGCAAAGGAUCCUAUCAAACCUCACACCAGUUUAUUAUUUCUCCUGGUGAAAUUGCCCACAACGAGGACGGUACUAGUGCUAAGGGAUUUCUUUCAACAGCUGUCAAUGGACUUCGGUUAUCUAAAACAACCUGUACUCCUGGAGAAGUAAGAGAUAUACGGCCACUUCACAGGAAGGGCUCUUUACAAAAGAAAAUUGUUAUUGCAAAUAAUAGUUCAAAUCAGACUGUCUGUGAAAAAUCAUCUGAAGGCUAUUCUUGUGUUUCAGUGCAUUUCACCCAACAAAAAGCAACUACGUUAGAUUGUAAAACAGCAAAUGGUGAUAGUAAACCAGAGAUGUCAGAAGUUAAGCUUAAUUCUAAAUCAGAGUAUAUUAAACACGUGCAUAGGACAUCUGCAUGUUUACCAUCCUCCCCAAAUGUAGAUUAUGAAAUAAAUAUCACUGGACAGUUGGAGAGACCAAAUUCACAGAUAAACAAAAACCAUGCUGUUUUACAAAGAAGUAUUUCUUUGGGAGGAACUUACCCAAAUGUUUCCUGUUUAUCCAGCCUUAAGCACAAUUGUUCUAAGGGGGGACCAUCUCAAUUACUCAUAAAGUUUGCAUCUGUAAAAGAAGGUACAGUUGAUAAUUUACCAAGAGACAACAACAAAGAUUUCACAAAUAAACUAUCUAAUUGUUUGAAGCAUUCUUGUAAGAAGACAAGAGAUGAUUUCCUAGGUCAAGUGGAUGUUCCUCUUUAUCCAUUACCGACAGAAAAUCCAAGAAUGGAGAGACCAUAUACUUUUAAGGAUUUUGUUCUUCAUCCAAGAAGUCACAAAUCAAGAGUUAAAGGUUAUCUGAGAUUAAAAAUGACUUAUCUACCUAAAACCAGCGGCUCAGAAGAAGAUAACACAGAACAGGCUGAGGAAUUAGAGCCUGGCUGGGUUGUUUUGGACCAACCAGAUGCUGCUUGCCAUUUGCAACAGCAACAAGAACCUUCUCCUCUACCUCCAGGAUGGGAAGAGAGGCAGGAUAUUCUUGGAAGGACCUACUAUGUAAACCAUGAAUCUAGAAGAACGCAGUGGAAAAGACCAACUCCCCAGGACAACCUAACAGAUGCCGAGAAUGGUAACAUUCAGUUGCAAGCACAACGUGCAUUUACCACCAGGCGACAGAUAUCUGAGGAAACUGAAAGUACUGACAACCGAGAAUCUUCUGAGAACUGGGAGAUUAUAAGAGAAGACGAAGCUACCAUGUUUAGUAAUCAGGCCUUCCUAUCACCUCCACCAUCAAAUAACUUGGAUGUUCAGACUUACCUUACAGACGAAUUAAAUGCCAGACUCACUAUUUGUGGAAAUUCAACCACUGGCCAACCAGUAUCCAGCUCAAAUCAUUCCAGCAGAAGAGGCAGCUUAGUGACCUAUACGUUUGAGGAACAGCCUGCCCUUCCUGUGCUUUUGCCUACUUCAUCUGGAUUACCACCAGGUUGGGAAGAAAAACAAGAUGAAAGAGGAAGAUCAUAUUAUGUAGAUCACAAUUCCAGAACCACUACCUGGACAAAGCCCAUUGUACAGGCUGCGAUGGAGACCAAUCCACCACCAUCUAACCAGAGCUCUUCUGCCCACCAUCAACCACAAGGCCCCAUAAAGGACUCAGCACAGCUGGUGGCCCAGCUAGCGGAAAUCGAGCAAGGCUUCCUUCCUCGUGGCUGGGAAGUCCGGCAUGCUCCAAACGGGAGGCCUUUCUUUAUUGACCACAACACUAAAACCACGACCUGGGAAGAUCCAAGACUAAAAAUUCCAGUUCAUCUGAGAGGAAAGACAUCGCUUGAUACUUCCAAUGAUCUAGGGCCAUUACCUCCAGGGUGGGAAGAGAGAACUCACACAGAUGGAAGAAUCUUCUACAUAAAUCACAACAUAAAAAGAACACAAUGGGAAGAUCCUCGUUUGCAGAAUGUUGCAAUAACUGGACCAGCAGUGCCCUACUCCAGGGAUUACAAAAGAAAGUAUGAGUUCUUCCGAAGAAAGUUGAAGAAGCAGAAUGACAUUCCAAACAAAUUUGAAAUGAAACUUCGCCGUGCAACUGUCCUUGAGGAUUCUUACAGAAGAAUCAUGGGGGUCAAGAGAGCAGACUUCCUUAAGGCUCGACUGUGGAUCGAGUUUGAUGGUGAGAAAGGAUUAGAUUACGGAGGAGUCGCCAGAGAGUGGUUCUUCCUCAUCUCAAAGGAAAUGUUUAACCCUUAUUAUGGGUUGUUUGAAUAUUCUGCCACGGAUAAUUACACUCUACAGAUAAAUCCAAACUCUGGAUUAUGUAAUGAAGAUCACCUCUCUUAUUUCAAGUUUAUUGGCCGGGUAGCUGGCAUGGCAGUUUAUCAUGGCAAACUGUUGGAUGGUUUUUUCAUUCGCCCUUUUUACAAGAUGAUGCUGCACAAACCAAUAACACUUCAUGAUAUGGAGUCAGUGGAUAGUGAAUAUUAUAAUUCAUUAAGAUGGAUUCUUGAAAAUGAUCCAACAGAAUUGGACCUCAGGUUUGUCAUAGAUGAAGAACUUUUUGGACAGACACAUCAACACGAGUUAAAAAAUAGUGGAUCCGAAAUAGUUGUCACCAAUAAGAACAAAAAGGAAUAUAUUUAUCUUGUCAUACAAUGGCGAUUUGUAAAUCGAGUCCAGAAGCAAAUGGCUGCUUUUAAAGAGGGAUUUUUUGAACUCAUACCACAAGAUCUCAUCAAAAUUUUUGAUGAAAAUGAACUAGAGCUUCUCAUGUGUGGAUUGGGAGAUGUGGAUGUGAAUGACUGGAGAGAACACACAAAGUAUAAAAAUGGCUACAGUGUAAAUCAUCAAGUCAUACAGUGGUUUUGGAAGGCUGUUUUAAUGAUGGAUUCAGAGAAGAGAAUAAGGUUGCUUCAGUUUGUCACUGGCACAUCCCGGGUGCCUAUGAAUGGUUUUGCUGAAUUGUAUGGCUCAAAUGGACCCCAGUCAUUUACAGUUGAACAGUGGGGUACCCCUGAAAAGCUGCCCAGAGCCCAUACGUGCUUUAAUCGCUUGGACUUACCACCCUAUGAAUCAUUUGAAGAAUUAUGGGAUAAACUUCAGAUGGCAAUUGAGAACACUCAGGGUUUUGAUGGGGUUGAUUAGAUUAAAAUAUUGAUCGACAUGUUUUACUGCCACUUUUUUAUAAGCAAUUAACUUAAAACUUUCCAAGGAACUACUAAACUUGGCCAUGGCUUCUUCCCAGAAGAUCAUGUAAAAGCAUUGGAAGAAAUAGUAUGACAACUUCACCAUUAUGUCAUUCACUUUUAAAUCAUGUGUUGCAUUUACACACCUAAGUCAUUCUGUCUUUAGAGUUCAUACUACAGGAUAUAAAUCCUGUGUGCCUGAAAUAGUGGGUUUUGUCCUUAACAAUUACCUCUUUUUACAGUAUCUGCCAGGCAGUUUUCUCUUAAACUACUGAAAUUAUAACUGUGAAAUAUGUACUAAGUGUCAUGUGUGAAAAGUAUGAUGCUUUUUGAAAAAGAAAACUAAAAUUUGGAAGAGAAUACUUUAAUAUUGAGUAAACUUCACUAUUUUUAGUGCUGCCUGCAGCUAUUUAUUUACUUUUAAGACCUGCCUUAUGUACCUUACUGCCCAGAUUUUUUUUGAAGAACCUUGGAAAGUAUGUUACCUAUAUUUUUGGUCAACUGGCUUACUUGCAAACACUUGUUUACUUCAUUUCAAAAGUAUUGGACUCUUCUUACUAUAUAGUUUUACCAAAUAAGGUGGUUCAUAGACAUGUGAAGCAAUUCAAAUUUGCAAAGGGUGAAAGUAUUAAUGCCUUCCUCUUGCCAGUGUAUCCUUAUGGUUCAUUGGUAUUGCCAUUAUUCAUGUUUAGUUUAGUUAAAAAAUUUUCUCUUUCAAACAUUAAAGUUCCACAAAGCAGUAUUUCUAAAUAUGCCUUGAAGGAUUAAGUUAAAUGUACAGUACAUGCCUUUAUAGUCAUUCUUUACACUCACACAAUUAAGUAGUAAGUAUAUGUUUAUGGGAUUAUGUUUACAGAUCAAGUUAAAUUCUGUAGUUGCAUUUUUAUAUUUUUAGUAUUUCACUUUAGUCAUAAAACCAAAUAAUUUGUUAAAAAUAACCAAAGAAUAGUUAUAAUGCAUAAUUUGUAUUAAAUUUAUUACCAUGUUUCUUAUGCUUUUUAAAAAUACCGUUUACUAUGAAAAACAUGUUUUGCUAUAAAUCCAAAUAUCUUUAGGUAACAUGCUGCAGGUAGAAUCCUACUUUAACCAAAUGGAAAUACAGGAAAACCACGUGCAUACAUUUAACAGAUGUUUACUAAAUGCCUGUGCUAGGUCUAAGAAUUGACAGCUUCGAAGAAACAUAGCUCAGUUCUUAUUCUCAAAGAACUUACAAAUGUGUAAAUGAAUUUGUAAACAAUCAGAAGUAGCGGUGAGCAGAAUAAGGCAAAAGGAAAAGUGUUCCAGUGUACCUGUAAAAGUAAUGUGUGCCAAGACUGCAUUUCCAUGUUUCAUAACUGUAUUGGGAUGGUUAUAUAGAAAAUACUCGUGCAAAACAUCAAACCUAUUUCUCAAUAUGGUAUCUUAGUAACUGGGGAAUGAUUGUAAAUACAUGUUACAGUCCUUGAAUGCAUAUAUAUGUAUGUAUGUAUAUACUCAAGAGUUGUAAAAUGUGCUUCUGACAGUUGGUUAAAUUGGUUGGGGUAAAACCUCAUGGAUACCUGUCAGUACUGGUAAAGGACUCAACUAUGACAAUAACAAAACCAUUUUCUAAGUACCACAUCAACAGUUCAGUUUAAGGAAAACAGUUCACAGAUCAAUGCAUUCUAUUGUAUCUUUACCUGUGUUAACCUUCAUUCAGGCAAGACCACCAGGUAUAAUCUAAUUUUGUCACUUACCACCUGUUUAAACUGAAGCAACUUACUUAACCUCUCUGGGCUCUGGUAUCUUCAUCUGUCAAGUGAAAUUACUUGUUCCCACUCUUGUUGUCAUGUAAGAUUGUUGUAAGUUCCAGAGAUCCUUUGCGAAGUAUCAGACGAUCAGAAGAUGCUUUGUACUGAACACCAGGUUUUUUCAAAUCAAGUGUGCACUCUAACUACACUCCCAAAGAAGAAUCUCUUCCUCUAAAAAUAAAAUGACUGCUACUAGACCAGGAAGUAGGAAGAUCACUGAUGUUAAAGAAGAUAAAGAUACAUGGACACAUCAGAAUUUAUUUUCUCUACAUCAACAAAGUAAUAUUAAUAUGGGCCAAUGCAUUUUGGAAUGUCCUCAUCAUGUAGAACUGAAGAUGAAAACUGUUUUUGUUAAAACAGAAUUUUUACCAUGAUUGUUUAAAUAUCACGUAUGUGAAAUAUCAGAGCUUGAGGAAAUACAAAGCGUGCUUUUCAGCUGGCUGAUAUCUGGAUGGUCCCAAUACUCAGAUAAAACAGGGCUUUAAUGAGACCACACUCACUCUAUCAGCCCUCAGUACAGACCAUCACCCCCUCAUUGCCCAGGUUGUGGGCUGACUGUCCAGAAGAAACCUCUGUUAAGCAACAUAACCCCUUACCCUAGAAAGCACAGUAUCUCAAAUGCAUUUUGCUGGAGAGUAAGUAGGGUCAAAAAGCAAAGACAAAAUAUUUUUCUAGAAAUUAUAAGCAUAUAAUUUUAUAUAUUUUCUCUAAUCAAAUUUUAACGAUAUCAAAUUGUAUUACAAAGGCAUUUCAUCCUAUCUCAAAUUUAAAUAUUUGGUUUCAUUUUUUAUUUAUAAGGCUGAAAUUAUUCCAUAUCAUUAUCAAGUUAACCACAAUU